GGGGGGGGGGGGGGAAAGCAAAGAAAAAUCCCCGGUUGCAAAACACUCAAAAUACAUUUUUUUCCGGCGAGGUAUCAGCCGGACACACCUUCCUGCCUGACUGCCCUGUCACUGCUCCAAUCAAUAUGGAUGAAGACAAUCACGUUCCUGAGGAUCUGUCCCUGGAGGAGAGGGAUGAGCUGUCAAACAUCCGACGCAGGAAGAGAGAGCUGCUCGAUGAUAUUGAGAGGUUGAAGUUUGAGAUAGCAGAAGUGAUGACGGAGAUCGAGCAGCUGACGUGUGUUGGAGAAAGUAAAACAUCCCAGAGAAACAAACAGAUCGCCAUGGGCAGGAAGAAAUUCAACAUGGAUCCAAAGAAGGGAAUCCAGUUCCUGCUGGAGAACGAUCUCCUCCAGCACACCCCCGAAGACAUCUCCCAGUUCCUCUACAAAGGCGAGGGCCUCAACAAGACGGUCAUCGGAGACUACCUGGGCGAGCGGGACGACUUCAACAUCAAGGUGCUGCAGGCCUUCGUGGAGCUGCACGAGUUUGCAGACCUCAAUCUCGUCCAAGCGCUACGGCAGUUCCUGUGGAGUUUCCGUUUGCCAGGUGAAGCCCAAAAGAUCGACCGGAUGAUGGAGGCGUUUGCUUCGCGGUACUGCCAGUGCAACCCCGGGGUCUUCCAGUCCACAGAUACCUGCUACGUGCUAUCAUUUGCUAUCAUCAUGCUGAACACCAGCCUCCACAACCCCAACGUCAGAGACAAGCCCCCUGUGGAGCGUUUUAUCUCCAUGAACAGAGGCAUCAACGAAGGAGGAGAUCUGCCAGAGGAGCUUCUCAGGAACCUUUACGACAGCAUCAAAAACGAGCCCUUCAAAAUCCCAGAGGAUGACGGGAACGAUCUCACGCACACAUUCUUCAACCCCGACAGAGAGGGCUGGCUCUUAAAGCUCGGCGGCAGGGUGAAGACGUGGAAGAGACGGUGGUUCAUUCUGACCGACAACUGCCUCUAUUACUUUGAAUACACGACAGACAAAGAGCCUCGUGGGAUUAUUCCUCUGGAGAACCUCAGUAUCCGAGAGGUGGACGAGCCCAGGAAACCUAACUGCUUCGAGCUGUACAACCCCAACCACAAAGGUCAAGUGAUCAAGGCCUGCAAGACGGAGGCGGACGGCCGCGUCGUCGAGGGCAACCACGUGGUGUACAGGAUAUCGGCGCCCACGCCGGAGGAGAAGGAGGAGUGGAUCAAAUCCAUCAAAGCAAGCAUCAGCAGGGAUCCUUUCUACGACAUGCUGGCCACCAGGAAGCGGAGGAUAGCCAAUAAGAAAUGAUGACCGACCCACCGUCAUCUGAGUCCUUGUGUGUGUGUGUGUGUGUGUGUGUUGUCACAUGUCACAGGGUGUCAUGUAGGCCUCCUGUUUGUUCUUACCGGGCUGGAGGACGAGCAGCAGGUUCAAGUAUAUUCAGACUAAAAUGAAUCUUUCCCAUCUGAAGAUCGUCGGCACCGGCGUGUGAAGGUUUUAUUUCAUCCGGAACAGACUCUGAACACAGAUGUGCCGUUUGGGUGAGACUUUAUGGACAAGAGGGAACUGUGAAGGAAAGAUCUUCACCCAACUGGAUGAUAAACGGACAAAGGGAUGAGGACUACAGUGGUGACCGGUCAGGGGAAACCUUUGCAAAGGGAGCCCUCUGGUGGACACAUGAGGAAUUAACUCUUAAGGGAGGAGUUGACGCCUGAAUCCCCAUCGUCCUCGUACAUCUGGCUCGCCUGUCUGCUCACAAGACUCCCAAAUGCCAGUCAACAUUUCAUUAUCUUCCCCUCAGAGCUUCUUCGACAACUGCCAACAACAAUGUUUUGUAGUAGCUUCAAACUACAGAAAGCCUCAAGCUUGUAAAUCAGCUGGUCUGAUUGUUAGACUGUAUAUGCAAACACACUGAUUUAUUCUCAUAUACUUCAUUAUAGGGCUGCAGCUCAUUAUUUUCAUUAUCGAUUAAUCUGCUGAUUGUCUAAAUUCAUCGAUUGGUUUAUAAAAUAGUGAAAACUGUCCAUCCCAGAGUCCAAGGAUCUUUAAAUGUCUUGUUUUGUCAGACCUAAAUCCAAAGAUAUUUGGUUUAAUAUGAUAUAAAACAGAGAAAAGCAGCAAAUCUCCAAAUCUGAGAGGCUGAAAACUGCAUUUUCUGACAUUUCUGCAUGACAAAUUACAUCAAUGAUUAUUCGAUUGUCAACUAAUCGUUGCAGCUCUGUUUCCUCUUUGAAGUCAAAGGAAUCGAUGCAGGUUAAGGAAUAACACUUCACACCCUCUUCAGCUAUAUAUAUAUAUAUAUAUACACAUCCUAUAUUAAUUCUGUAAACGGUCAUUUUAUGUAUUGAAGAUCCACCUGUGUUCAUUUCUUUUGUAUUUAUUUUCUUAAUUUGUUUAACAAAAGAGGCAGCCCCCCCCCUUUACAUUAUGCAUGUGUAGAAUAUAUUGUACAUACUGGUUCCCCCC